AUGAAUUUGUGCAAGCGAUCCUUUUUUGCUAGAAAAAAUUUACUGGCUUCAAUUCGUCAAUAUGCCUCAACGGCUCCAGAAAUUGAACAAAAUGAGCAAGUUUUGAUAGACGACACUGAUGAUGUCCAGGCGAAAGAGGCUGAAAUAGAAAAGAAACGCAACAAGUCAAGGCUAUCAUCGGCACAUUAUAAUCUCGUAAACGGCAAGCGACCGUAUGAAACGCCGAUGAGUAUAUCACAUUUGACUGUAAAGUAUAACCGCAAAAUGUAUGGAAAAUAUGGAGUUUCUAGCGGUGUCAAUCCUAGCUUGUGCUGGCCAACAAAACAGGAAAUUCAAGAAAGGCAGGAAUAUGAAGCUGUAGCUUUCCCUUACACAAUUAAAGAGAUGAUGGAUGCCGCAGCACAAAGAAAGAAAGAAGAACAGUUGAAAAUAGAGCAGAGGGAGAAAGAAAUUGCUGCCAAAUUUGAGAAGUUAGAGCAGUGGAAGAAAGAGCUUAAUCAAAAGAUUGCCAAGAAAACUGCUGAAGCUCAAGCAGCAAAGAUGAAGAAGGAGCGUCUUGUUGAAGAGGUAAGAAGGCACUUCGGUUUUACUCUUGAUCCACGUGAUGAACGAUUCCAAGAGAUGUUGGCCAAACGUGAGAAGGAACAAAGAAAGUUGGAAAAACAGGCUAGAAUGGAAGCCAAAGAGAAGAUGCUGAUUGCCAAGCUACAGCAAAAGAAUGUAGAAUUAAAUGAGAAAGCUUGA